UAAUUGGUACUCGUAGGAGCCUCCGCGAUCCGAGCCCAAACCCACGCGGUUGAGAGAGCCCUAUAUCGACCAGAGCCCAAAACCCCACAUCGCAACACACGGAAACGCACGCCGCACGGAACCCACCUAGCUCGAUCGAUCACCAUGGGUCAAGCUGUCUCCGCCGCUUCUUCCCCCUUCCGCCGCAAAUCGCAGCCGCCGCCGGUUCCUCGGGCCACCGCCCCUCCAGCAGCAAAGGACCACGACACGGAGCUCGUCCGCAUCUUCCGCCGCUACGACACCGACGGGGACGGCCGCAUCUCGGCCGCGGAGAUACGCGAGAUUUGGGGCUGCACGGACGCGGAGGCGCAGGAGAUGGUCGCCCAGGCGGACAGCGACGGGUACGGGUUGAACAGCAUCGAGGAACUCGGGGCGCUGCUGAAGGGCGGGGGCUCGGAGGACUUGCCGGCAGCGUUCGCGGAGUUUGACGAGAACGGCGACGGGGUGAUCACCCCCGAUGAGCUGCGCCGAGCGUUUCUCCAGCCGCUGCUCGGCCGGGAGAAGCACACGAUUGAGGAGUGCUCCAGGAUGAUCGCGGCGUUUGACCAAGACGGCGACGGCGUCCUCUCCUUCGACGAGUUCAAGGCCAUGAUGGCGCCCAAGAGCGCGUGAUCCGUUCGCGCUGUGAUCUGUCUAUGCUUCUCCUUCGUUCAUCGAUGCUCGUAGUUACCGGCAAGUGUAAAGUGGGACCAGUUUUUUACGUUACAAGUUGUAAUGGGAUUAGUUAGUUUCUGGGCAGAACUUGAGAGGAUGAUCCGGGAAUUUAAUUCCACCAAAUGUUUCGAUGUGAUUUCCCUAUGCAAACUCACCUAGAUAUUCAUAUUGAUCAAUCUUGAUCCAAGGAAGUUAUCUUAUACGA